CCUCCCUCUGCACUGAUCCAUGGAUCUACCCUUGAGUUGUUGCAAUCCCCCCUCAAACAGCAAUUCUACCUGAUGGAGAGCUGGGGAAGGGGGUAUCUGGCUAUGUUACCAUAACCAUACAUAAAAUGAUGAUGUGAUUGAGAACUUGGGGACCCCAUGGACCACAUUUCACAUUUGGCUCUAGUGACACAACCAGAUGCUUCUCUGAUCCAUCACAGCUACCAGCAGGCAUGGAAUGGAUAUGUGGGGUGUGUAUGCUGCAACAAACCUACAACAGGUUCCCAGAGUCAGUGAAUGCCCAGCUGUAGAACUAUUAGCCCCAUUGGACCAUACAGGAUUGUAGCCAAGGUGUGGCUAAGAAUAGAGGAACCUGCUUGCUUCCUCCAAAUUAUUCUGCAAGUUCUUUCCAUCACAAUUAAAUAUCCAAAAGCAAAUAUGUAUACAUUCUUCCCUGCUCCAAACCAUCAUCUGGGCCAGACCGUUUGUACUGAUGGACUAACUUUGGUUCAAGAUGAUGUCUGUAUGUGUUGCAAAGCCUGAGUUUGACAUGCGAUGGUAUUUCCUCUUAUUCCUAUACAUGGAGCUGGCUGACUGUACACAGUUCAGUCUCAUAGAGAGGCUGAAGAUCUACCUGGAGUGCCAGCUGAUGGAGAAGCAAGAUCUAGAGCGGAGAGUAAUUGAAGCAGAGGCAGCCAUGUUGGAAAUGGAGAAUGCAGUGGCUGUUCUGCAGAGGAGAUUGCAGAAUGCAGACUAUUCCUCCACAAAGCAGAUGGAUGCUCCAGAAAAUGAUGUACUCGGGCUCUCAAGUUCUACUCUCUUACCCAUGGAAGCUCCUAGCAAGGUACAAGAUUUUGACAGUGUGAGUACAACCAGUACACUUCCAGUGACCUCCCCACUGAGCAAAGCAAGUGAUGACCAUUAUGAAACACUCUAUCAUUCUUCAGACAAUCCAGAUGUUUGCUCCACAAGUUCAACCCUGGAAGAAUCGGUAGUGGAGGAUCUCAGUGUAUUAUUGCAUGUUCAUGCUUUACCAACUGGAGAAGAAAGACAUGAAACACGAGAGGGAAUGAUGGUAAGAGGCCAGGAGAAUGAAAACAGUGCUCUAGACAUUGCCACUAAGAAACCAAUGGACUGGGCUGAUCCUAUUACUUUUAAGAACCAAGCAGGCCUCCUAGAUUCUGGUCCUUGUGAAGCCAAGCCUAUGGCAAAGGGGAAAGUACAAGUGACUCACCCAGCUGGGAAGGAUGCUUCUGAUGAUGACUUGCUGGAUGGUGGCAGAAGCCUGACCAUCUGUUUUGUCCAUGCAAGUGAAACAAAGAUGGGGGAUCUGACACCAGAAAUCAGUCAAGCCAUGUCUAUACCAAAAAACCCAGAAGAGACUUUGGCUCUGAUCAAUAGCCCCAUGUCACCAAGUCUUAUCUAAAGAGAGGUGAAGGCUCUAAGUGAAAAGGAAGCAUUCAUUCAUCUACUUCUAUCAAAUCACUGGAAACAACAAAGACAAUUAUUAUGGGGAAAAUGGGUUUGAAAGGCUCACCCAGAGCAGCUGAAGCAAAAAAAAAAAAAAUGAAUUAUGCAUUUCCUCAAAUUACAACAUGGCUGUAGCUGAUACUUGGGGUGUAGGAACUGGAGUUAUGUGUCCAUCACCAUCUUGUCCUGCUACAUCAAAAAAGUAGUUAUGUGGAAUCUCACUAGCCAACAUUUCUCGCUAUGACAAACUCUGAAGGCUUAAUGGAGAAAGCUGAUCUUGACUGAAGACACUUUUGUGAAAUUAGGACACCCAAACUGUAGCAUGUAGAUGGUGAAUGGCUUCUAAGUUUGUCAUAAACUGAUCUGGAGGCAACAUCUCCCAAUGACUGUGUGCUCAGAUGUUGAAAAGCAGAUAAAAGUGUGUGCCUUUGGAUGGAGGGUGUAUGUAAUAGAAAAGCAUGAGAGGGAGAAGGUAAAUAGUUGCAUACCUGUAAUAAGAGGUGGAAGUAAAUGCUGUUGAGGAGCUUAGUUUGGAGUUUGGACACUUUGCAGUUGUGGUCUGAAUAUUGUUCUGGAUUAAGUUCCUUUUUUGAAUGGCUAAGAGGAAUAAAGGCAAAUGACUACUCCUAUUUUAAACCAAAACACAAGCAGAAGUCUCCACUCUCAGGUGUUGCUUAGAUUAUCUCUCACUAAAGCACAUCCACCUAUCUGGGAGAAUAAAAUUUGU